AUGACGAGGAGGAAAAUCCAGAUCAAGAAGAUCGACAACACAACGGCGAGGCAGGUGACGUUUUCGAAAAGGAGGAGAGGGCUUUUCAAGAAAGCCCAGGAGCUCUCUACUCUCUGUGAUGCUGAGAUUGCUCUUGUAGUCUUCUCCGCUACUGGGAAGCUCUUUGAAUUCACCAGCUCCAGCGUGCAACAAGUAAUUGAAAGGCAUGACCUGCUUUCUUCCGAUUUUGACAAGCUGAAUCAUCCAUCUCUUGAGCUGCAGGUUGAGAGCAGUACUUCUGCCGCAUUGAGCAAGGAAAUUGCGGAGAAAACACAUGAGCUGAGGAAGCUAAUGGGAGAAGAACUCCAAGAACUAAACAUGAAAGAGUUGCAGGAACUAGAGAAACUGCUCGGAUCAGGAUUGAGGCGUGUUAGAGAUGCAAAGUGUGAAAUUGUUCUGAAGGAGAUCACCUCUCUUAAGUGGAAGGGAUCCCAACUUAUGCAAGAAAACAAGCGAUUGAAGCAGAUGGCAAACCGACAGGUCCAAACACUUGAACUUGAACAAGGCCAAUCCUCCGAGCCAAUAGGCGAUUUCAUCCAUUCAGACCCUUCGCAAGACCACGACUGCUCUGACACUUCUCUCAAGUUGGGUUCUAACUACAUUAAUCUAAUGGCUACAAAUAGUUCAACUCAUCGAAGAAUAUUUGUUUACUUCUUCAAUCUCACCGCUUGUGCUUUGAAGCUCCGAAGCGGUUUUGAUUAUCGGAAAGUGAUUUUAGCCCUUCUGAUUUAA